GACCUCCAGGCCGUCUAAUCAAAGGGAGGAGGAAGUCCGGCACGUGUUAGACACUGCAGCAUGAAGCCACACGCAGGGAGAGGGUGAAGGCCUUUUAAAGAAAGAAGUGAAAGCCAAUUUUCAGCAGUUAUUGCAGUUGGAAGUACCGGACAGAUCACGCUCCACUUACGAAGCUCUUCAUGAUGGCAGUUCUGGUUUUACUCCUCCUGACCUUCGGCCUGUCCCUCACGAGCGCUGAGGACGGCAACCCCAAGCCCUGCAUGCGGGCGAGGCACAACAACGCCAACAACGUCUUCCUCAAGCGCCAUCUGCCCGAGGGGGUGCCGGUAAACACGAUGGACCAGAACAUCUGGGGGGCUCUGUUGAGGCAGAUCAAAACGUGCGGGAGGCCAACGCAGUCGUUCUUUCACGUCAGCCAGAGGGAGCGGGUGGAGCGCGUAUGUACGAAAUCCGGAGGGAAGGCGCUGUCCGGAAACCUGUGCAUCAGCAAAGAGCUGUUCAACUUCGUCACCGUGCGUCUCAACAUGGACGAAGGCUUGUGCGGCAUCAGGAGCAUCCAAAACGAGACCAAGCACAUCAUCCUCGGCUGCGACGAAAUCGGGGACGCCUGCCAGCCGGUUCAUUUCGAAGGGAACCCAACCAGCAAAGUGCCCAAUAACAACCAGCCAGACUGUGGGGCUGCAUCAGCGGGGGGGUCAGCGUCCAGGGUGUUUGUUCACGAUGCUGUUUUAUCCGUCACUUUCAUAGUAUUAGCUGCGCUUUGGUGACGUGCUUCAGUUCGUCUGGUCAGGCUGUUAAGUCUUGUGUUUACGGCGCAAAUCUACGGAGCCCUGCUGGUGACAUCCUGUAUAAAUUAGAUUAGAUUAAAGGGGCAGUGAGCACACUUGCCCAGAGCAGUGGACGGCCCUAUCAGCAGCGCCCGGGGAGCAGUUGGGGGUUAGGUGU